AUGCGGCAGGCGCUGCCCGUGUCCUGUAGCAUCCGGAACAAGGCGGCGCGGUCGCUGUGGGCGGCCCGGUGGCUAGUGCCGCGCCUGCUGGCCUGCGGCGGCCCAGCUGAUGGCAGGGACUGGCUGCCCCCCUUCAGCACUGCCACCCAAAGAAACGCUGGUGAAGACUGCAGUUCUGAGGACCCCCCUGCCAGCCACGGGCCUUCUAUUGCUGAGCAGGCCUUGAAGUUGAAAGCUGUUAAACUGGAGAAGGAAGUCCAGGACUUGACACUGAGGUACCAGAGAGCUCUAGCUGACUGCGAAAACAUAAGGAGACGAACCCAGAGAUAUGUGAAAGACGCCAAGAUAUUUGGAAUCCAGAGCUUCUGUAAAGACUUGGUGGAGGUGGCAGACAUCCUGAAGAACAAUACUAAGUGCAUUUCUGAAGAGACAAAGCCCGGGGACCAGAAGCUCAGCCUGGAGAAAGUCUUCCAAGGGUUGUCACUCCUGGAAGCCAAGCUGAAAAGCGUGUUUUCCAAGCAUGGCCUGGAAAAGAUGGCACCCAUUGGUGACAAAUAUGACCCUAACGAGCAUGAACUCAUCUGUCACGUCCCGGCUGGUAUCGGCGUGCAGCCUGGCACUGUGGCAUUAGUAAGGCAUGAUGGGUACAAACUUCAUGGCUGUACCAUUAGACUGGCCCAGGUGGAAGUAGCUGUUGAGUCUCAGAGACAACUUUGAACAGGCCUUGAGGAACUGGAUGUUCACACAGUACAGUCACCUGUGUUUCCUUUAUUUAUUAAAGUAGGUUUGCAUUGUAUGUGAGGUAUGUCAUGUGGCCUCUUUUGGAUUUAGUCAUAUUGGCUUUGUUUCUAGUGUUUAUGACCUGUUUGGUCUCAUCACAAGUCUUGC